UAGCGGUGCGGAGGAUGGGGGGCCGAUUUCCUGCUAUCAGCUGACUAUAUAAAAUCAGCUUCCCCCUACCCGGCUUGAGUAUCCAGAGUACCCCGCUGUCGCGCAAACCUCAGAUGCCCGGAUACUUUGCAUUCGUAUUUGCUAUCCUAUUAGGUGUGCGUGCUGCUUCCACUGAGGCGAAGGAGCUCGCUCGCAUAUAUCCACGGUCAAGCAAUGUUUUGGGUCCAUCUUCCCAGCUUUUCCUUACGAACGGAGUCGUCUCCCCAGAUGGGUUCACGAGGUCUGCCGUUCUUGCUGGCGGAUCUUUCCCUGCACCCUUAAUCCAAGCUCAGAAGGGCGAUGACUUUACCAUCAACGUGGUUAACCAACUCGUGGACGAAUCCAUGCCGAUAGAUACCAGUGUUCACUGGCAUGGUAUUUCCCAACUUGAAACGAAUUGGGCGGACGGGACGUCUUAUAUUACGCAAUGUCCGAUUCCUGCGAACCGGUCCUUCGUGUAUCAGUUUAAUGCCGGCAGUCAAACGGGUACAUACUGGUAUCAUUCACACUAUUCCACUCAGUACUGCGAUGGCUUGAGGGGCCCUCUUGUCAUCUACGAUCCAGAUGAUCCUCUCGGAGACACGUAUGACGUGGAUGAUGAGACGACUGUCAUCACUCUGGCUGACUGGUACCAUAAUUCUUCGAUCGAGCUUGGCGCAAUCUCCACGCAGGUUUUUCCGGACUCCACAGUCAUUAAUGGACUGGGUCGAUACUCUGGUGGUCCCUCCUCCCCUUUAGCCGUUAUUAACGUUGAAGAGGGAAAGCGGUACCGGUUUCGGAUCGUCGGACUGUCUUGUGCUUCUUGGUUCAACUUCACUAUUGAUGGUCAUAAUAUGACUAUCAUUGAAGCAGAUGGAAUCGAGACAGAACCGAUGGUCGUUGACUCCUUACCUGUUUUUCCCGGCCAGCGUUAUUCUGUUGUGGUAACUGCCAACCAAGCGGUUGGCAAUUACUGGAUUCGUGCUUCAGCGGACUUGCUUAAUAGGACUUUCGAAGGCGGGCUGAAUUCGGCAAUUCUGAGGUACGAAGGUGCAGCCGAUGAAGAUCCGACUACGGAAGAAGGACCUUAUGAUCUCGACUUUAAUCAAAGCAUCCUCACUACUCUGGACAGUGCUGGUGUGCCUGGUACACCUGAAGUAGGGAAAGCGGAUGUCAAUAUCAACCUUAUUCCCGGCCAUAUUGGCGCACUCUUCAACAUAAAUAAUGUAUCCUUUGUGGAUCCAACCGUUCCGGUCCUUCUGCAAAUCCUCAGCGGGGCGACACACGCGUCACAGUUGUUACCUGCUGGCAGCAUAUACGAGCUACCUCACAACAAGGUCAUUGAGUUGAGUUUUCCGGCUACGGAUAACUUGACCAAUGGCGCAGUCGGUGGUCCGCAUCCCAUGCACUUGCACGGUCAUAGGUUUUGGGUUAUCAGAUCGGCAGGCAACAGUUCCUACAAUUUUGACCACCCAGUAAUGCGGGAUACGGUGUCGAUGGGCACGCAAGGUGACAACGUGACCAUUCGUUUCGUCACAGAUAAUCCAGGUCCAUGGUUCUUCCACUGCCAUAUCGAUUGGCAUUUGCAUCACGGUUUUGCGGUGGUAAUGGCAGAAAGCCUUUCAGAGGCCGCUAUCGAGCAGGGCAACGCUGUACCGCAGGAUUGGAAGUCUUUAUGCCCUGCCAAUCUGACCUCGAGCAGCUAGUCCUCGUUGAGGGUUCAGUUAACUUAUACCUAUUUCCCUUGUGCCGCAUGAUUCUUUUGCAGCGUGGUUUAAAGCUAGAUAAUGCAAACACAUGGUAAUCCUCGCAUGUAAAUGGACAGUGAAUCCGUUCGUGGCUU